AUGAGUGUGGGUCCGGACCUAAAUUCUGAUCCGGGCGACUUUGCGGGGGCGCGGGGAGACGAGGACGGAAUCACCACUUCAAGUUUGCCGCAAGGAGGCGGGAUUAGGGAUGGCACUCAAGACCUCUCUCCGGAGGAGCCGGGCCAACCCCGCCGUCCCCGAGAACCAACUUCCAAGAUAUGGUCCCAGCUCCCAGACGUUCCCCGAUUGAUCGAAGAAUGGGCGGCGUUGAUCCCGCUUGCAUUUUACCUGUCCAGCCCGCGCAGGGACCAUGAUCUCGCUGGCGAGGUGGCACUGCGGGGAAGGCUGUCGGUCAGCGCGUUCCCAAAACUCGGGGCUUUGGGAGGCAUCGCCAAGAUGUUGCGGCAGGCCGAGGUGUUUUUCGAUACCGCAGGUGCGGCAGGGGACCCGCUCAAAGUAUACGACGUGCAGUGGGGGAGCGUUUUCCCCUGUUACAACAACGCUGCUGCUCUUGCCGUCGAGGAAAAUGCCUUCCCCGGGACCAAGACCGAUAAGCCAGACAUCUCCAUGAAGCGUUUGAAUACCUGGAUCCGCCACGAAAACCGCGAGAGCUUUUUAUCCUGGUUUGAGGCCUGCGAUGACAUUGGGUUAGUGAGCGAGGUUCAUUGUGGAAAUAGCCUCGACGACCUCGUGGAGCGCAAGACCAAUUUUGGGCGGCGUCAACUGCUGAAAGUCCUCGUUGUUAGCAAGCUGGAGACAUCAUACAACAGGAGGAAGAAGCUGCGAGCGAUAACCCAAACUACCCGCUGGAAAUUGUUUGAGCUGUUUGUUUCCUUGAUCUUCGCAGCUGCUCUGCUGGCAUGUAGGCUUAUCGGGUCCGGGUUGCUUCUCGCAAUUGGGGCUUUUUCUCGCUUUCUUCUCCACACUGUCGAGUUCAAACGCAGCGCUCUCUACCUUCGCAAUCGCGAAACCCAUGAUGGCUGCAUGCUCACAUCCCUGCAUGACAAUGCAACGGCAUGGACGCUGUACUUGGGACACCGGGGCAUGAUCGACUCUCUACUCAAUAAGCCCAUGGUUGAGCCAGGAAGAGCACAUCCGAUCGUGCGGUGGUAUUUCGAGUUCGCCGAGGUCCCCCAAGUUCUCGCCAUGACCUACGUGGCAGCGCAGAAGGGCUGGGAUGGUGUUGCAUUUGUGGUACUGAUGGGGCUGAUGUGGGCGUCGACGAGCCUCUCAGGGAAUAAUCAGCAUGCAGCCCGGUGGCUCGAAGAAGAAGGGUUCGUACUCGACAGCUUUACUUGCGAGUUCCCGGGUCGUUCCGAGCUCCUAGGGGCGGUACAGCUUCUCAGCACCGAGAAAAAGACAUACUGGAUGAAUGGAAUUCUGGCCCCGGUUCCGCGCCGCGAGGUGUGGCUGAGGAGGAUUGGGGCAUUAGACUCGGACACUGACGGAGAUGACCCCGACUGGGCUUCCUGA